UAGUUCUAGCAGCAUACAGUUUGAAGCCUUAUUGUACAGCUCAUUGUUUUGUUUAUAUGGUCCGAUUACCGAGGGCGCUCGACGUGUUUUAGUGCGCUACUGAUGUCUUUUCAAAACCUCCAGACGUAUGACCCUUUUGCUGAAGAAGGAGAAUCCAAUGUUGAAGGCAGGAUUGUUCAUAUUCGAAUACAGCAACGAAAUGGCCGCAAAACGCUUACUACUGUCCAAGGGAUCCCUGAGAAAUUUGACAAGCGAAAAAUCUUGAAGUACUGCAAGAAACAUUUUGCGUGUAACGGUACAGUAGUUGAACAUGAAGAGUAUGGAGAGGUGUUACAGUUCCAAGGUGAUCAGAGAGAUAAUCUGAAAUCCUUUUUAUGUGAGAUGAACAUAGUCACUCCUGAGGAAGUCAAGCUGCAUGGGUUUUAACUGCAUGUUAACAUUUCAAUUUUGUGGUCAUUCAAAAGAGUUACCACUUCUUCAGAUGCUGUGUAUCUCUUGCACGAAAAUAUCAUCUGUACAUUUUCUUGCGUUCGUUUUUUUUCAGUUGCUCAUAUGUCAAGCUUUCAUUUCGUUUAUCCUUGAGUAACUUCUACUAUUUCCAAAUAUUAUAAGGUGAUUAUGUGUGAUCAUCCUACCAAAAUGCAUUCGCCGAAAUGGCAUAUAUUUCCGUCUUAAA